UCGCUAGAGUCGCUUCGUGCGCCGAGUGAAUCGCUUGUGAUAGGUGCAGGCUCUUUUGUUAUAAUAUUAACUUUAACAACGAUCAACGUUAUUGCCAGUAUUUGCCAGUUACAAUUGCAAUUCCGUAACGGAAUCAUCGGAGUAAAAGUGACAGUUGAAGAUUUCCCUUGAUUUCAGAACAAUUUUGUGUAGAUGAUAACCCAGCCGAUUAGGUGAAGUGAAUACAUACAGUACACGUAGAAAAUUGUAUAUUAUGCAUAAUCCCAAAUUGAUCCAACGCUGAAGUAGUAGUUGCUUCGGUAGAUUUUUGUUAUUAUUUCAUCCAAAUAUUUUUCCUCGUUUCUAGUUUAUUAUGGUAUACUGGCUGCCAAAGAGGCGCUUUAUCAAAAGAUGUCUUUUGUGGGCGAUGAAGGUAUCGAUUGUCACCUACUUAAUCGUCUUUGGAAUUCUACCGCUCGUUUUUCAUUACUCCUACACGAUACAAAGGAAGAUAUUAUUCCUAAACUUUGAUAUUCUGGUUGAUUCAGUUUACUGGCCUCGAAGUGUGGACUUUGAAAAACCAGAAGCUGUGGGUCUUGAAGGUGCCCGGAAUUUUUACGUCAAAACUGAUCAAGAUGUGAACAUUGGAGCAUGGCAAAUUUUACCUCGAUCGCUGUUAAACGCAUCAAUUUCUCGCACCUCUGAAGCCUUCGAAUCUGUUUUGGCAAGCUCAAAGCGACCGGUUAUUCUGUACAUGCAUGGAAAUAGCGGGAACAGAGCGAGCGGACACAGACUGGAGUUGUACAGGCUUUUUCAAAGCCUAGACUACCACGUUAUCUGCUUUGACUACCGAAGCUAUGGUGACAGCGACGAUGUUGAUCUGUCAGAAACUGGAGUCGUCGCAGACAGCAAGUACAUGUUAGAGUGGUUGAUAAAAAAAGUAAAGAACUCUGCGCCAAUUUAUGUAUGGGGUCAUUCGUUGGGAACCGGAGUCGCUUCGCAUGUCCUAGCUCUAAUGGCGGCUGAAGGUGUCCAUAUUGCGGGUCUUUUUCUAGAAGCUCCCUUCAACAAUAUUGCAGAUGAAUUGAGCGAGCACCCGUUUGCACAGUUAUUCAAACACCUGCCGUGGUUUCAUUGGAUGAUUGUUCAACCGUUUUAUGACAACGAAUUGAGAUUCGAAUCUGAUAAACACAUUACAAAAAUCGAGUGUCCGAUUAUGAUUCUGCACGCUCAAGACGACGGAGUUAUACCUUUUUUCCUCGGCGAGAAGUUAUAUAAGGCGGCUUUGGAGUCCCACGGAAAUGAAACGCAACGAGUUCAAAUGGAACGAAUAGACGCCGCACUGGGGCUAGGUCACAAGUGGAUAUGUAGAUACGAAAAACUGCCGGAACUGAUUACAAAUUUUUUAGCCAAAUCGACCAAGACUACUCAAGCUUUAUGAAGCGUUUGACCAAAGCAUGUCAGACUUAGUAUAAUUUUUUUACCAUGUAUGUCCGGACGAAGAAAUGUUCAAUACUCAUUCAACGGUACCCGAGAAGGUGGAGACAGGCGAGAUGAUAAUGCGGGAGAAUUAGAUAUCGUCUAGAAAAGGGGAAAAUCGAUAUUUUUUUAUGUCAUAUUUUCUUUCUACUCUAUUAAAACCUUCACUCUCAGGUCCAAUGAUCGUAUCGAACAAUAAUAUUACGUAAUGGGCGUAUAUAGAUAGGUAGGUAAAAUAGUUGUUUCUAGUUCAGAGAGAAUUUCUCAUUCUCAUCAAAUUUCAGAUCAACGAAUUGCUAGAUGUUUUUUCGUGAAAUUUCGUGUUGUACCCCGAAGGACCAGUCACGAUUCUUGAAGUAUUUUAUAAGUAGCUGUUAGUGAAUUGUCAUGCACGUUUGCAAAUAGAUUUCUCAACGUUUUUUAGGCUCUUUCACUUAGUCAACAACUACUUAAGCAUAUCUACGCACCCGAUCUUCAAGAUCCCUGUAUGCAAUUUAGGUAAUUCAAUAAUCGUGUUAUGUUGAUUAUAACUCAAGGCUUUUGCCAGAAUAUGUUGUGAUUUAAA